CAUCCCAUUAUGUUUCAUACAAAUAGUGAUUCUUCAGAUAAUGAUAUAGAGUUUGUGUCUUGCCAAUCUGGUGUUGUUGGCGUGGAGAAUAAGGAUUCCAACUGUUCUCAUCAAAGAGAAAAGCUUACAAGAGAAGAAACUUUCCAAAGUCCAUUAUCAACAACAAACCAAUAUGAAUAUCAAUAUCGCCCAAUACUUUUGAUGUUGAUUGGUAUACCAGGUUCUGGUAAGACUACUUUUGCUAAGAAACUUGAAGCAAAAGGAUGGUGUAGAGUUUGUCAAGAUGAGCUAUUCACUCGUCAGCAGUGCGAGAAUUAUACCAUAACCCAUCUCUUGCAAGGUAAAUCAAUCGUUAUUGAUAGAUGCAACGUCACAAAGGAACAGAGAGCAAUAUGGAUAAACCUUGCAAAGAAUGCAAAUGCAGUCGUAGGUUGUGUUGUCUUUACAACUCCUAUACAUAUUUGUAUUUCUAGAGUAGCUCAAAGAAGUGAACAUCCCAACUUGAAAGGCAACGACCCAAAAACUGAAAACGUUAUCUUCCAAUUCGCACGAGAGUUUUGUGCUCCAAUAGCUGAAGAAGGAAUUGACUUUUGUCGUCGUAUACAAACUGAACAAGAUGAAUAUCGUAUAUUACAACAACUGGAAACAAUAUUGGAUAGCAACUCACUGUCCUCUUAACAUUCUUUAUCAGCUGACCACUCCAAUCUAGCCAGUU